GAAUGUCCUAGUGGGUUGGUGGAUGAAGAGACAUUCAAGUUCAUCUACUCCCAGUUCUUUCCUCAGGGAGACUCCAGCACCUACGCUCAUUUUCUGUUCGAAGCAUUUGACACCCACAAGAAUGGUUCUGUGAGCUUCGAAGACUUCGUCACAGGCCUGUCAAUCAUCCUGAGAGGCUCUGUCACAGAGAAACUCAACUGGGCUUUUAACCUCUACGACCUCAACAAAGAUGGCUUCAUCACCAAAGAGGAGAUGACUGAUAUCAUGAGCUCCAUCUAUGAUAUGAUGGGGACGUGUACGUACCCCUGUAUGCAGAACGACGCCCCCAAGGAGCACGUUGACAACUUCUUCCAGAAAAUGGACAAGAACAAAGAUGGCGUGGUCACCAUUGAGGAAUUUCUGGAGUCUUGUCAAAAGGAUGAGAACAUCAUGCAGUCCAUGCAUCUGUUUGACAACGUCAUUUAGUGACAUUUCCUGUGGGUGUGGCCUAAAGGACACAGUGCCCAUAUUUAGCCCGAAAGCCUCCACCCCUAGCUCCCCUCUAUCCCCAAACACAGACUCAUUGGGACUG